AGACGUGGGUGUGGAAGGGCGCACGAGGGCGCAGCAGUUCGCCAUGAUGGUGCCGGGGAUCGGCAGCCUUCCCCCGGUCGACCAGCAGACGGUCCUUAACCAGGCUGUGCCAGAAGUUAUGAUCCUUAGGCUGGCUUCACGAUUCGUCCCCGAGCACAAGGGGUUCGCGGUUCCCGGAGGACUUCUGGUUCCACUGGCAGCGGUCGUAGAGGCGCUUGGGCGCUCGCUGGCUCAGAAAUUGGUUCGAUUGGCCACGUUUCUUCUAUACAUGAGCAUUGAUGAUACUGAGCUGUCGCUGUUGUGUGGCAUAGUGACCACCCUCCCCGACCGUCUCCCUGGCGACUCCGAUGCCCUGGAGGCUUUAGAGGAGCAGCACGACGCCCACCUCCGCGCCCUGCAGGAAUACGAACUGGACAAGCGGCGCUCGAAGCCAAACGCCCUCGCCAAGAUACUUCUGCGACUCCUUGACGUCCGGGCCAUCGCCUUGCGUGAGGCGGGCCGACUCAUCCUGACGUCACGUCCUGAGCAGUUAGCAGGAGCCGACGUUCCUGUUCAAGGCACUGGAUACAAUCCCAGUCUGGCUGAGUACCUACCGGAUGACCAUCCCCAGGAGGCUGCGUACCUCGAGGAACAGGUCGCGCACCCCCAUAGUUCUUACAUUCACCCGAAACUUGAGCCUAGUCAGAUGUACCAGGGUAUGCCCUUUGACCACCAGCACCAACAGAGUCGUCUUCAGCAUCAGCUUCAUCAUCAACAGCCCGCACGCGCCCAUGUCAUGAACCAUCAACAGCAACAUCAGCAUCACCACCACCACCACCAGCAUCACCAACAUCAGCAGCAGCAGCAGCAACAGCAGCAUCUGUAUUACAACAACACUCAACAAGAUCGCCAAACGCAACACCAAGUGAUACUGGAUCGCGAAGAGCAACAGCGCAUCAUGAAGGCCUUGCAUGAGCGUCAGCAUGGCCUGCAUAUGUUGCCGGGACGCCAGGAAGAAAACCUGGCACAGGAGUCGCGACAACAGCAGUGUCAGGACGAAGUGUUGACCCACGGGCGUCAACAACCGCAAGAAAUCCUUGAAGAAAACCAAGAUGAUUCUGAAGGUUGAUCAGUGAUCUCGCUUCUACGUCCGUCCAUGUUACUGGUUUUGAAAGUUUACUUAACUUAUUUACAUACUAUUGAUACUUGUUGGGUGUUCAUGUCAGGCGAGACGCUUUUUUCAGCUCACGGCCUCCGCAGUCCUAGUCACCUCAAAGCUGGGGGAGCUUAAGUACUUUGUUGUUAUAUUUCAGUUUUUCCUUUAUACUGCUGCCCUCGUAUUUUGUAUGUUCUGCAGUGUAAUAACUGAGGCGGAAACAUUUUAGAAUAGACCAAGUCAUUUUUA